AUGGUUUUCUUUUUUCCAAAUCGUGAUUCUAAAAAUUAUAAUACAAGAUAUGGAACGGCAUCAGAGUCGUCGGUUGGCUAUAGUAAAUUUAUACUUUUAUUAAUUGUUCUAUGUGUCAUUGGACUUAUUCUUGCUAUCGGCUGUUUUUUUACCGGCAAGAAAUUUGGCAAAGCCAAACGAACAAAUCCAGUAAAUGAUAUCGAAGCUGCACAAGGACAAAUGGCACAAAAUAUUUCACCUAAUACAAAAUAUAUGCCAGUACCAAAAUAA